AUGGCAACCACAGCAAACUAUGGACCUAUGGAGCUGGCGAUGCGUACAAAACUUACAGAUGCACUGCAACCGUCCUACCUGGAAGUGAAUAACGAUUCGCACCUGCACAGACAUCAUGCGGCUAUGAAGGGGAAUACGUCUCCAGAGACGCACUUCCGUGUUGUUGUCGUGUCAGAGCGUUUCGAGGGCGAGCGGCUAGCUGCAAGGCAUCGCAUCAUCUAUGGACUUCUCAAGGAGGAAAUGGCACAAGAAGGUGGCAUUCACGCUUUGCAAUUACGCUGCAAGACACGCGCCGAGCAAGAUCGAGACGGAUUGCCAUCAUCAAAACCAGAGACCUGCAAGAACAAAGGUACCUGA